AUGCACAAAGCAACUGAGAACCAACGAAGACUAACAUCAUCAAAGAAAACUAUAGAUUAUAAUAAAACAACUCGCCUGGUCUUUUACAAUACCCUAUUCUUCUUCAUUUCACUGUUUCCUCUUGGUGUCAGUAGGACACUUCUCCUUCUUUCUUCAACGGAAUUCUUGUGGCCAAUGUUUAUCGAUUUGGAGAGCAUCGUUCUAGUGAUUUUCACGCUGAACACAAUGUCCCAUUUUGUGAUAUAUAUGCUUAUGUCAUCUCAAUAUCAGAACACUACAAAGGAACUAUUUCUAUGUGGAGACAGUCAUCAAGUAGAACAAAAAGCCUCAAUUGAGUGA